AAUACUCAAAAUCUCAGCUUCAGUCGGAUCAAAAGAAAGAGAAAACAGCCAUCAAAGUGCAAAGAAAGAAGUUAAAUCUAACCCAGGAAAAAGAAAAUGUGUUUGAUGCUGUUGUGCGGUAAACAAGAGAGAGAGUUGGGACGGGUACAAGCGCCUGGGUUUUGCCCCCACUGCGGCGGCAAAGUGGAGGUCGUCGAUGUCGAGAGCAGAUGGAGGCUGUGUUUCUUGCCCGUUUGCUUCAAUAUCAACAGGAAAUAUUAUUGCACCUUGUGUGCCAGGCGUUUGGUCUUGUACUGUUAGCUAGUUCCAUCUAGAUUUUGGCUCUUCUUCUUUCUUUCUUUUAUUUUUUUACUCCGAAUUCUGCUAAUUGUAAAUGGUUUUCUCCCCUGUACGA